UUCCAUUAUUAUAUAUAUAUGAUGGAGAACAUUAUUCAGGUGUACUCAGGUGUGCAUGUAUGUGAAGGUAAUGCAAUGAUAACUAUACUCUCUAUUAUAUGAAACAUGCGAUAGUAAAGUACUGCAAGUAUAGAAAUGAAUGUGAGUGAACGUUAGUAUCAAUUAUUAUAUCUUCACCUGUUUCACAACAACCUGCAUGACGUAGAGAGUCACGUGAGCAAGUGACCAAGCAUAUAUAUAUGUACAGUAAAAUAACGAAGAUUAACGAAUAGGAGCGAGUAAAGUACAGCAAGCAAGCACGUAGUCAGGUUGAGCUGGUGAUCAAGCCUGAGUAACAUAACUAACAUACAGCAUACAGGGCACAGGCUAUAACGCUAUAGUAUAGCAAACAGCUAAAAGCUAGCAUGAGGAAAAAGGAAAGAAGAAAGAGGAAAGAGGAAAGAGCGUCUUUCUGACUGUAGCAAGCUGUUGCUCGUUGCUGUUAGUAGUAAUCCCAAUCCCUGGUAGCACCAUACCCACUAUACCCACUAUACCCACUAUACCUACCAUACAGGCAUACACCAGUGCAGAAACAGAAACCGCACCCACUCAACCAACCAACGAACCGACCGACCGACCGACCUAUACAACAAUAAUAACGAUUCUUUCCUUAAUAUAUACAAUAACAAUGUCAUUUUUUAAGUGAGUUGUCCUGAAAUUAUAUUUAUUGAUAACAAUUAUAUAUUGUCAGUUUAAGUUAUAAUAUGUGGCCUAUGUGGAUUUUCCUGGAGUUACUGGUUACUCCUACACAAAUCCAAGUUUGUCUUGGAUGAGCAAAAACUGGAAAGUGAAUUUACGGAUCACGGAGAGUGCAUCAGUCUAUUUAAUCGAACGUAAGCGUGUAGUGUGUGUGUGCGUUUGUGUGCUAUGUGCUUUUUCAUCUAUAUACAUACAUAUAAAUAUGUUACAUAGUACUUAUCAGCGAAAAGUGAAAAGUUUCUGUGUAUUAUUAUAUUACUAAUCAUGUUAUUUAUAUAAAAAAAAAGUAAUGGUGUUUUUGAAUGAAAAAAUUAUAAUAAGUAAAUAAAUACUUGGGAUAAUAAUGUUAUGAUCUCUCAGGAUUAAUAAAUUAAAUAAAUUUUAAAUAAUAAUAAAGAUUUAAAAAAUGGAUCGAAAUAUAUGUCGACAUAAAAUAGAAUUUUUAUGGUUGUUUUUAUGGACAAUUGUGUGUUUGACUGGUCUGAGUUAUUGUAAGCCAGAUAAACCAGAGGGUUCAACAGACAUUCCGUCCAUUUACUAUACAGAACCAUCUACACCUGAGAACAAUGACGCGACAGAGCUCAAUGAAUUACCUGGUGGUCACAUUAUUAGUGGACAACGGAUUUUUAAAAGAUCCUCUAGUCCGUAUAUUUUGCGAGAAGAUCUUUUUGUUGAAAAAGAUGGACAACUUGUAAUUGAACCAGGAGUAGAAAUUAGGUUUUCACCUAUGGUCGGAAUUACGGUCCGAGGAGUUAUCACAGCAAAGGGAGAGCCGGAUGCUGAAAUAUCAUUAACAAGUUCAGAGACAUCGCUUGGUCUACCAGAGUCUCGAUCGAUUCGUCUGGUGGAUGGGCCAAGUCCCCUUGAGGGUAGAGUCCAACUUUUUCAUAAGGGCUUAUGGCGAUCAGUUUGCACAAAUUCACGAAAUUGGACUAGAGCGGAUUAUGAAAUAGCCUGUCGUCAGCUUGGAUUUCAAGGUGGAAAAUGGUCAAGUUGGUUUGACAGACAAUGGCCAGAAAAUCCAAGGCUACUUUAUGAAGAGCCACAGUGUCGGGGUAUUGAAUCAUCGCUACAAGACUGUAAAAAUUGGUCAUUUAGACAGCUUGGUGCUGGUGUUUGUGAUUACCAUCCUGAUUUAGCAAUUGUUUGUUUACCAUUUCAUGAUGGAUCAAGUAAAGCAAAAAAACAUUGGCGUGGUAUUAAAUUUGAAAAUGCCCCUUACGACAAUCCUUUGACUCAAGAUAAUACUUUUUACAUACGACAAUCUAAAUCUAUUCUUCGACAUAUAAAUAUUAAAUAUGCUGGUACUGGGAGAGAAAAUAAUGUAACAUCUGCUCUACAUGUGGAAGGUGUUCCACCUCGUAUGCAAUGGGUUUCAAUACUUUACUCAUCUUUUACGGGUAUCAAUAUAACUUUACCUGAAGCUCCAAUUGCCAUAACUAAUUGUACUAUUCGUAAUAAUCGAGGGUAUGGAAUUUAUGUAAAUAGUUCAACUGGGCUAACGCACAUUGAAAAUUGUGUAGUAAUGGAUAAUGGAGCUGAUGGUAUAAAAUACGUAAAUCAUGAUGAAAAACCAGAUGACAGACUUGAUAGAACAGAUAUAUAUGAUCUUUGUACACUUCCAGUGGGAAGUAGUCAAACAUUUCCAAUUAUUGUAUCAAUGGAACAAAAUAUUUAUGGAUUAAAUUCAAAAGAAUGUCGACAACGUAUUUUAACACUUCCAGGGCAUGUGUUGACUUUACAAUUUUUACAAAUGAAAACUGAUCGUAAUGACAGUGCAACAAUUGAAGUUUAUGAUGGUACUAGUAUUAAUGAUAAAUUAUUAGCACGUGUUUAUAUAAGAAAUGGAACAUUGCCACAAAGUAUUACAACAACUCGUCAUAAUUUAUAUCUUAAAUUUAAUGCACAACCACGAACACAAAUGAUUAGUUUUGUUAAAUUAUCUGCUGGUUAUCAUAAACUUUAUGAUUUAAAUAUAACAAGUAGUGCUAUUGCUAAUAAUAAUGGACGUGGAAUUGCUGCUGAAAAACUUCGUUCUCUUUUACAUGUUCAUGAUACUUCAGUUUCAAAUAAUAAUCAUAUUGCUGGUAUUCAUGUAUUAUAUGGUGUACCAGACAUUAAUAUAACUAAUAGUCGAAUAUCUUAUAAUUAUGCUGAUGGUAUUAAUAUAACAGUAACAGGAGGUAAUCGUAAUAUAUCUAAAACAACAAUUUCAUCAAAUAAAGGGUAUGGUAUUGCUGUUUGGUUAAAUGAUAGUUUAUCAACUGAAUAUUUACAUUUUAAUCAAACAACAAUUGUUGAAUAUUCGGAAAUAUUUCGAAAUAAAGAUAUUGGUGUAUUUGUUGGUAAUUCAACAGGUAUAUCAUAUGUUAAUAUUAGUGGUAAUUGUUUUAAUAGUAGUUCAGAAACUGCUGUACAAGUUGAAUCAAGUUGGAAAUAUAAUAAUGGUAUUAUGAAUCUUCAAAUAGGACACAAUGUGUUUAUUGAAAAUUUUAAACUUUGUAUUAAAUUAACUCCAGCAUUAAAUAUAAAAGGUAAAAUUGAAUAUAAUCAAUUCAAUUAUAAUACUUAUGGUGGAUUAUUAAUACGUAAUCCACUAUAUGAAGAAUUUAAUAUAUUACCGAGUAAUAUAUUAAUUCAACAUAAUUAUUUUGAUGAUAAUCGAGGUGUAUUUGUUGUAAGUAUUGGAUUAUCACCUUACAGUGAUGUACAAAAAAUAAUAUUUACACGAAAUUAUUUAAGAAAUAAUAUUAUAAAAGAGCCUUUCGAUCAACAACAAAUAACACAAUUAAUUCCAAGAUCUCGUGUUGCAGCUGUAUUAGUUGUUUCUUCAGCAAAUGUUGAUAUUUAUCGUAAUAUUUUAAAUAAUUUAUAUUCAAAAUAUGAAAUAGGAUCGCAUUUAGAGGAUCAAAGUAAAAUAAUAAAUUGUACUUAUAAUUGGUUAAGUGAUAUAGAUGAAGAAAAAAUCCAAGAAAGAAUUUUUGAUCGUAAAGAUAGAUAUAAUUUAGCCAAAAUUGAAUAUUUACCAUAUUUAUUACAUAAUACUAAUCCAGCAACCAGUACAAUAAUAUCACAUUCAUCAUUUAUACCAAAAUUUGUUAAUCCUAAUACAAAUUUUGUUGGAGGUGAAGUUGAUGGAUUGGAAAUGUUAUCAGCUGGUGAAUAUAUUGUUGAACGUGAUAUAAAUGUACGACCAGGUGGUAAAUUAGUUUUAAAACCUGGAGUAACUUUAAAAUUUCCUCCAGCUGUUGGAAUGAUGAUAGCUGGUAAACUUGAAGCACGUGGUAAAGGUUUAAAUAAUAUUAUAAUGACAUUAAAAGAAGAAAUAAAUAUACUACAAUUUGAAGAAAUAAAUGAAACAAUUAGUAAUGAAAAUGACAACAACAAUAAUAAUAAUGAUUAUGAUGAUGCAACAACUAUGACUGAUGAAAGUAUUACUAUGAUGACUUUACCACCUGAUGAUUUGACUGGAGUACCAGUAAGAUUGUUGGGAGGUAAAACAAAUCAUGAAGGAAGAUUACAAGUUCGUAUUGAAGGAAAAUGGGGUACUGUUUGUAAUUAUGGUUGGACUAUAAGAGAUGCAGCACUUGUUUGUCAUCAAUUGGGUUUAAUUCUUGAUCCAGAUGAUUGGAACCUUGAAAGAUCAAAUAUACCUGACGCUGGAACAAAUCAAGAUAUAAUAAUAACAAAUGUUAAAUGUACUGAAUAUGAUAUUGAUAUAUCAAAUUGUAAAUUUGAAAAUUGGGAUAAUUUUGAAUAUUCGUGUACUCAUGAUAAUGAUGUUGGCGUUAAAUGUUUAGAGGCUGGUUGGGCUGGUGUACGUCUUAGUCCUUUAGCUGAUCGAAGUGAUUUACAAUUUAUAACAAUAGAACGAGCUGGUCUUUUAGAUUAUACAACAAAUUCAUUAAAACCAGCAUUACAAAUUGAUUUUUCUCGUCAUUCAUUAGAAGGAAUUAAAAUAUCAAAUAGUCUUCAAGAUGGUCUUGGUGUUAUUUAUUCAGAUAUAUUUUCAGCAGAUGCUGUAAAUACUAUUAAAAAUAGUUAUUUUUUAGAUAAUAAAGGAAGUGGAAUAAGUUUUAAACAAUUGGGAUUUAAAAUAUUAAAUUGUUUUAUUGAAAAUAAUAAAAUUUCAGGUAUUAGACAUAAUCCAUCAAUAUCUGCUGUUAAACAAAGAGAAUUUUCCGGAUGGUUUAUGCAAUCAUUUGAUUCAACAACUAAUAUUGAUAAUCCAUAUCAACCAAUAAUAAUACCAAAAACAAUUGAUAAUAUAGAUAUUGUAACUGGUGAAAUAAAAUAUAUUGUUACUGGUAAAAAAAUCGGAGAAAAUGUUCGACAUUUUAUUCAAAUAAGAUGUACACCUGGUUAUGUUAUUGGUAUACAAUUACUUAAUCCAAUUGAAAAUCUUAGUACAGAAAAAAUAAUAAUACAUGAUUCUCCACGAAUAAUUUCCACCACCACCAAAAAUAAUAUUAAUAAUAAUAAUAAUGUUUGGGAUGUUACAAAAGAUUUAUCAAUAUUUCCUGUAUCUUCCAGUUCAUUUACCGUUAUUCUUGAAUAUAUCAGCGGUUUAAAUGCACUUGGAGGUGGAGUAUUGGUUUUAACAACAUUACCAGCUCCUAUUCAAGAUAUACGUAAUCGUAUUGUUAAAGGACCAAUUCCAACAUUACUAAUAUCAAAAACUAAAAUUAAAAAUAAUAAACGAGGAUUAAUGGCAUCAUAUUAUAAUCGAUAUAUUGAUGAAUUAGGUGAUCAUUAUUUAAGAAAAUCUAAUGAAACAAUACGUUUUAUAAAUUGUGAAUUAUCUCAUAAUCAAGAGGAAGCUAUUUAUAUUAAUUCACCAUAUUGGAAUUAUUUAUCGUCAAAUAUUUCCGAAAUUACAAUUCAUAUAAAUAAUACAUUAAUAACAGAUAAUGGACGUGGUAUUGUACAAUUUAGUCGUGAUAUGAGAUAUUCAAAUAAUUUAUUUCAUUGGAUAAUGAAAGAUAAUACUAUUGAAAGAAAUAAAAAUGGUGGUUUAGAUAUAUCUUUACCAUAUGUAUGGCAAUAUAAUGAAAAUUUUACACACUCUUUGUAUUUUAUAAAUAAUACCUGGCAAAAUAAUAAUAUGUUUAGUUUUUUGAUUGAUGGUCAUUAUGCAACAUUAAAUAUAACUCGUAAUAUAUUUGAUAAUAAUAAUUGUAAAUAUGGUUUAAUUUCUAUUCGUGGAAUGGAAAAAAAAAUGAAAAUAGAUCAUAAUCGUAUUGAAAAUAAUAAUUGUAAUUAUAUGGUUGAAUUUAAAAUAGACAGUCAAUCGGAAAUUUUAGGUGAAAUUCCAGCUAAUUUUUACUAUAAUUCAAUUAAAUAUAAUAAUAAUAAUAAUAAUAACAAGAAAAAUCUACCUAGUUAUGUUGUUGGUUUUGAUGGUAUUCAAAAAGUUAAAAUAAAUAGAAAUUUAUUUGGUGAUAAUAAUAUUGAUUAUGAAUUAUUAGCUGGUAUUAAAACAGCUAAAAUAAAUAAUAAAAUAGAUGUUAGUGAAAAUUGGUGGGGAACAACAAAUGAUACUAAAAUAAAAUCAAUGAUUUUUGAUUUUGAUGAUUGGAAUAAUCAUGCUAUUGCUGAUUUUAAACCUUAUUUAACAAGUGAUUCAUUUGAUUCAUCAAUAUCCAUUUCUUGGGAAAUUAAAAAACCUAUUAAUUUAGAUAAUCUUGGUGGUCGUAUUACUGAUAAUAUUGAAUUAUAUGCAAGACCAGAACCUUAUAUUAUUAACUCUGAUAUAACAAUAAUGCCCCAAGCUGUUUUUAAUAUUUAUCCAGGUGUUACUAUGGAAUUUGCACCAAAUGUUGGUAUUUUAGUACUUGGAACACUUAAUGCUGUUGGAGUUAAAGAACAUGAAAUAAUAAUGAGACCAAUUAAAAAACAAAACAAUGAAUCAAAAGAUAUUGUUAAUAUAAAUCCAAUAACAACAACAACUAUACGUUUGUGCAAAGAUAGAAUAUGUUCAAGUUCAAGUAAUCAAGGUUUUAUUGAAUUUUUUAAUAGUACAACAUUACAGUGGAUACCUUUGUGUGAUAUAAAAUUUACUGAAAGAAAUGGGCAAGUUGCUUGUCAUCAAUUGGGUUAUGAUCCAAUAAAUACUUAUGUUAAUCAUUAUCGUCGUUAUGAAUUUCAUCCAGGAUCUUUAACACGUAUUUGGUCAUGGCCAGAGCCAAUACAGUGUAUUGGUAAUGAAAAAAAUCUUGAAGAAUGUAAAUUAAGAUUAAAUGAUGAUAAAUUAUUUGGUAAUAAAUAUAAUUGCCCUUGGGAUGGUAAAUUUGUAUUUAUUCAUUGUGGUAAACGUAAUCUUGAUAUUAAAUAUGAUAAUUAUUGGGGUGGAAUACGUAUUGCUAAUAGUGAAUUUGAAAAUUAUCUUUAUGAGCAUCGUUUUCAUGAUAUUGAAACUCAUGAAACAGUACGUCGUGUUGAAUCAAUAUUAAAAUAUAUAAAUAUUACUGGAGCUGGAAUACUUCAUAAUGAAAAAUCACCAGCAAUCCAAGCUAUUAUGAAAAGUCCAAUAAUAUCUCAUGUUACUAUUGAACAAAGUGCUUAUCAUGGAAUAAAUAUAAUAUCACCAAGUCAUAAUAUUGAAUUAUUAUUUAAUAUUGUUAAUGAUAGUUUAGGUAAUGGUAUAAAUAUUGCAUCACUUACUGGUGAAGGUAGAGAAGCUGAAGAAAGUUCAUUUACACCAUUAAAAAAUUUAAAUAUACCAUAUAAUUUAUUUAGUAUGAUUGAUAUAUGUGAUACAAUGAAAGAAAUUGAAAUUGAAGAACGAGUUAUUAUAUAUUAUAAAUAUGAUAAUAAUCCAGUAAAUUGUGUUAAAAUAUUUAAAAGUUCAUUUCGUGCUAAACCAUUUGGUUUUAGAUUAUUACAAUUUAAUAUCUUUAAUUCAACUGAUGAUGAUAAUAAUAAAAAUAAUUUAGAUACAAUAACUCUUUAUGAUGGUGAUAUUUAUAAUAUAACAGCACGUAAAAUAAUUGAUCUUGAAUUUAACAGUAAAAAUGAAAAUAAAUUAUUUACAACUCAAGGACCAAGUUUAAGUAUUAAAUUAUUUGCAAAUGGUGCUAGUGGUAUUUAUGGUUUUAUUGCUGAAAUUUUAACAUUACCAAUAUCAGCAAUUGGUUUUAAUCGUGAUGUACAACAUAAUAUAUCAUAUUCAGUAUUAUCAAAUUGUAUUUAUGGAGCUAUUAAAUAUACAAGUGCUGGUGAAGUUAAUGCAAUAAUGACUAUUGAACGUAAUCAAAUUAUAAAUAAUUGUCAAAAAUAUUAUGGUAAUUUUACAACUUGUGAUGCUGCAAUAACAAUUGAUAUACAAAAUACUCAAUCAUUGUAUUUUAGAAAUAAUUUAAUUCGUAAUAAUAAAGCUGGAGGAUUAUUUAUUCGUUCAGAUUCACGUGGAUCAGCAACAUCAUUAAAAGGAUGGAUAAAUAAUAAUCUUUUUGCUGAAAAUUUAAACAAACCGGCAUUAUAUGUUGAGGGUCGUAAAAGUAGCCCUUAUCAAGAAAUAACAAUAUAUAGAAAUUAUUUUAUUAAAAAUUAUGCACAAUACGAUAACAAUAUUCUACUUAAACAAGUUGUCAGUAAUAUGUCAUAUAAUUAUUUACAUGCUAAUCUUGGUCUACAUUUAUUGGUAAUAUCGGGUUUUGAACGUGUUCGGCUUCCAAUUUAUCAAAGUACAACUCACAAUGGUUUUUACAAAAAUUAUGCUAUUGAUAGAAAUGGACGUAGUACUGUAAUUGCUGGUACACCAGGACAACAAUACGUUGAUAAUGUUUUUUUUAAUCCUGACAAUGAUUAUGAAAUGCAAACUAUCAACAGAUCAACAGUAAUCAACAUGAAAUCAUUUGAUAACCAUUUGGAAAUGAUGAGAUCAUAUAUUGAUGCAAAAUUUAAUUGGUGGGGUUAUAAUGAAUCAAUAGCUGUAGCUGGAAGAAUAAGAGACCGUAGUGAUUCACCAGAAUUACUUGUUGUUAAAUAUAAUCCAUAUCAUACUAGUAAUAAAUCAGUAUUAAGUGGUAAAUGUCCACCAGGUUGGGAUCUUGUUGGUGAUACUUGUUAUAUUUAUAUUGGUGCUCCAAUGGAUUUUUACAGUGCACGUGAAUUUUGUAGAAUAGCAAAUGCAUCAAUGCCUUUUAUAAUGGGUGAUUAUUUAAAAUUAUGGAAAUUUUUACGACGACAACAAGAAAGAUUUGAAUAUUCAGAUAGAGUAUGGAUACAACAAUUAGAACGUGUAGAUCAAUGUACAACAUUUACAUAUCAAACUAUUGAAAUAGAUCAUUGUAGUCAACCAAGUCCAUUUAUUUGUGAAAUAGAUCCAAAAGUAUAUAUUGAUCCUUUAUCAUGGAGAAAAGAUAUUGUUGCUAUAAGUGUUCUUGGUGCAAUGGGAGCAGCUAUUGCUCUUUUAGCAUUUGCUAUUGGAUUUUGGAUAUCUAAAUCUAAAAAACGUAAAAUAGAAAGACUUGAACGACGAAAUUCAAUUCGUCAAUCAUUACAUUCACUUAGAUCUGUUGGUUCAACAUCUGGUUUUACUGAAUUAGCAUAUAGAAGAAAACCUAUUUCAACAAAAUCAACAGAUACAUUAACAUCACGAUCUUUAGAUUAUAAAAAAAUGUUAAAUACCGGUGGAAGUAUUGAUUCAAUGGAUAAAUCACAAUUAAAUUCAUCAAUUGAAGAUAAUCACAGUUAUGAUGUUUAUGAAGCUCAUAAUCCACGUUAUUCACCAAGUACCAGUGAUUUUAAAGAUAUAUCAAUAAAUAAAUAUCAAAAUAUUCAAUCACCACCACUACCACCACCACCACUACCAUCAUCAUCAUCAAUGCAUAUUGAUAAUAAUAAUUCAGUAUUUGAUUUAGCUUAUCGAAAUGAUGGUUUUCGUAAUCAUUCAACAUUUACAUCACGAACAAAUAGUAAUUGGCCCUCUAUAAACAAUUGUCAAAUUAUUUCUCAUAAUAAUAAUAAUAACAACAACAAUGAUACUAAUGAAGAUGAUAUACCAAUAACUCCUUUAUCUCAUCAUCAGUCUGAUUAUAUGAAUACUAGUAAUAUUAAUAAUAAUAAUACAUCAACACUGCCAUUGAAUUCAAGUUUAACAACAUCAGAUUCAAUAAGUGAAUUAAAACGUGAUAUUGAAUCAACUCCAGUAUAUAAUUCACCAAAUGAAUUUCAACGUUAUAAUCAACAACCAUUGGAAUAUAUUAAUAAUGAUGAUUCACCGACAACACCUAUUUCAGAACCUGUUCCAGUAUAUUUUUCUCCUGUAACACCACCCCAAACAUAUUAUUACGAUCAACGACCAAAAAGCAGUACACUACUUGAAACAAAUCUUGAUAGUGGUGACGAAAAACCAUUACGCUCUAAAAGUGAGGCUCUUUUGGAAACAAAUUUUGAUCAUUUUCUACCGUCUAAUGAACCAACUGAACUCUGUCAAUUGUCUGCUGAGUCUAGAAGUAAAAGUCAACCGUUGGAAACGGCCAUGUAAAAUAUAUAUAUAUACAUAUAUAUAUCAUCAAGUACAAAAAUUUUAUUAAAUUAUUAUUAUUAUUGAUAACUAAUGCUCUUUAAUUUUUCAUUUUUUCACUACUACUACCAUCAUCAUCAUCAUCAUCAUCAUCAUUAUUAUUAUUAAAUUUAAUUAUAUCAAUAAAUUUAUAAUUUUUUUUAUUUUACGUAUGCAUGUAUAUUAUGAGUAUUUUUUAUUCCAUUUUUUAAUUUAAAUAAGUAAAUAAUAGUCUUCAUAUUAUAAAUAACUUGAAAUAGAUAAUUAAUUGAAUGAAUAUGUAAAUUAAUGAGAGGAUUUAUUUUAUAUACUGCCAAACGUUUUUGUUAAUCUAAGAAAAAAUGUUUAGAUAUAUAUGUAAACUCGUAUUAUAUACGAGUAUAAUAAGGUCAUUAAAUUGUUUUUAUACAAAUAUAUUUAUAUACAAAUUAAUAUUUCGUAAUUAUAUAGGUAGUAUAUUUUUUUUUUUUAUUUAUGUAUAGUCGUCAUACUAUACAGACUGCAAGUAUUAAUAUAAGUUGUGUAUUUAAUCCGUCCAUUUUUUAUCACAAGAAAAAAAAAUUAACAUUAAGCUUAAUCACUUAUAAUUGUAUAAUAUAUAUAAGUAUACUCCAUUUUUAUUGUAAUUA